AUGGCUGUUUCAGGUGUGAGUGGAGCAGAAGUGACACAUGUGUUCAUCAGUUCUGGUGAAAGUGUGUCUCUGUCCUGUAAUGAUGCUCUUCAUCAAUGCUCCUCAACUACAUGGAUCUACAGUAAUUAUACAAGAUCAUCUACAGUAGAAGUGUUUACUGGAGGAAUAAAUAAGAAUAACACAGAGAGAUCUGAGAGACUGAGUCUGACAUCUGACUGCUCUCUCAACAUCUAUAAAACAACACAACAUGAUGCUGGACUUUACACCUGCAGACGAAAUGUGAAUGGACAUCAACAUGAACAUUAUUCAUAUGUUUUUCUACAUGUUCUUCAUGUGUCUUCAUCAUCAUCAUCAUCAUCACAGACUGAGAUAAGAGCAAACACAUCUCUCACUCUCUCCUGUCAGCUGAUUUCAUAUAACUGUGAUCAUGAGUUCAGUUAUUAUGGAUAUCAGCUGGUGUGGAUGAAUCAGACUGAUGUUGAUCUACAGACAGACUCCAGAUAUCAGAUUAGAUCAGAUAAACUCUGUCUCAUCUCUCUGACUACAACACUCGUGAAUGAAGACGACAACACAGAGUUGAGAUGUGUGCUCAAACACAAGAAUGAC